AUGGGACCAUUCCCAUCAUCUCAUGGGAAUCAGUACAUUUUAGUUGUUGUGGAAUAUGUUUCUAAAUGGGUCGAGGCCAUUGCAACACCAACUAAUCAAGGAUCAGUGGUACUGAAAUUCCUCCAGGGGGUUAUAUUUCCACGUUUUGGAAUUCCACGGGUGAUUCUUAGUGAUGGGGGGAAGCAUUUUAUUAAUAAACAGUUUGAUGCGUUAUUAGCAAAGACAGCUUUUAAAACCCCAAUUGGGAUGUCGCCAUUUAGACUUGUGUAUGGGAAAGCAUGUCAUUUACCUAUGGAACUAGAGCACAAGGCGUUUUGGGCUAUUAAGGAGCUAAAUUUUGCAUAUGAUUUAGCUGGGGAGAAGCGUAAGUUGGAGCUCAAUGAGCUCUAUGAGAUUCGUAAUGAUGCAUAUGAAAGUUCAAAAAUCUACAAAGACAAGACUAAAGCAUUUCAUGACAGUAAAAUCCUUCACAGGGAAUUUUACACAGGGCAAAAUGUGUUGUUUUUCAAUUCCAGAUUAAAGUUGUUUCCUGGCAAACUUAAGUCACGUUGGACAGGGCCAUAUGUGGUCACUAAAGUUUAUUCGCAUGGGGUUGUAGAGAUAAAAAAUGAGGUCACAGGUCAUGAAUUCAAGGUCAAUGGUCACAGGCUCAAACCAUACUUGGAAUCACCCUAUGACACAACACGCGAGUCAUUAACUCUGAGGGAUCCAGUGACUUAG